AUGACAGGCCUGGGCAAUCUGGAACCUCUUGGAGGUAUCUCGGAACCCCAGGAAGAGGAGGAGAUCGACCUCCGCGAGAACCGACCCAGCCGACCGGCUGCUGGGAACGGAAGUGCCGGACAACUCGCCGCUGAAGACGGACAUCCAGGCUGGACUGUCCUGGGCCGACUGGCUUGGAUAUUGAGUGACCAGGUCUUUGAUCGUCUCCCUCAAGAGCUGUUCCGACAUGAACAAGAGGCCAUCCAAGUCGUCAUCUUCAAUCAACCAAUGGCCCUCAUAAAGGUCAAGACCUGA